GCAGAUGCUUAAGAGGAGAGUGCUGAGAUUGCAAGAAACCCCUCUAACUACAGAUGAUGACCUGGAUUUGGACUAUGCUAUUAUUAAACACACACUAAGCAGGUGAUUGUUUACCUAUAACUUAUUUAACUGCUCAGAUUCAACUGAGCAGGUGUUGAUAGUACUACAUCUACAACCAAGACACCAAAGCAUAUGCUGAAGAUCCUCUUAAGUCCAAGGAUGCUUUUCUUGACACAGUAUUGCAAGGGUGUACCAUCUAUAUAUGUGGAAACACCCUGCUUGAGCAACAUCUCCUCUUUUCCAUAGUCUCCUGGUCUGGAAGAUUUGGAGAGUGGUGAAGAAUCACUGUUAGAAAGGCAUCUGCAGAUUUUGGCUCUUUACACCAUGUUGUUAUGUUCUUGUAGGGGUUUUGGGGCUGCAGAAGUUUAUCACAGGAUUGGACUCUGCAUUUUGAAUAGUGUUUGUGACUUUAAUUUAAUUUGACCUGGAGGACCAGGUUACCCACACACCCAUCCUUGCUGAAAUACUCAGGGACUUUUAGUUGACUCUUAACUCUGAACAAAGAAAGCACUUGCACAUAAACAUACACAGGUCUGUCAACACACACAGGCCAGCUAUAUCAGAUCCACAAGACCUAAAAUUGCAUAAAAACCAUCGUGACAUAUGCAAUUCACUUGUUCUUUCAUAUUCUCUGAUACGAACAGAAACUGACCAGUGUUGCAUGGGCAGGCAGGAGGCAGCCAGUGGACUCCCAUGCUGGGACACCCUGGGAUCUCUGCCCUCAUCCUGCCAUCACCACACAAACCCCUUCUGCAUCACUUGUCUCUCACAGGGUCAAGGUCUUCAAGGUGCUCGGUGACCUGCCCCAGAGCCAUGGGGACCCUUACCCCAUCUCAGGGUACUGCUCCUAGCUGUAGGAGGAGAGACCUCCAGUGGAGAUGGGGACUUUCUGGGGACAAGGACCUCUUGGCGCUGGUAUAGGAUCCUCUGAGGUCAGGGACCUUCAGACUCUCAGGGGACAUGUGAUUUGAGGGUCAUGGGCAGGCAACAUCCUCACACUGAGGUGGCCCUGUUCCCAGCUCCAUGGCCCUCUGCUUCCCCCAAAUGAACCUGCUGUAUCAGGGUCAGGGCCAGGGUGUUAGAAUCACUUACAAGUUUCUCACCAGAGGAGAGGAGACUUAUUUAAAAUUUGAGCUGGAAAACCUGGUUAUGUCAAAGCAGAUCUUAGGCCCAGCUGCCUUCCCACUGCAUGUCACCAGUGGCAGAUGGACUAGUGGGAGCUCUGGGACUGAAUGUAUUGGAAGCACUAGGAUGGAGGAGCUGGGCUGGCCGUGCUAGGAAGGACAUGCUUGCUGGCAGCCUGAGAGGGCAUUCUCAUUGCAUGUUCUCAGUGGGCACUGGUAGCACUGAGAUGAGCUAUACUGGGAGUCCUAGUGUAGGAGUACUGGCAGCACUGGGCUGAGGGUACCGGGACCACUGGGCCAUACUGGAAUGGGAGGCACUGGGGGCAAUAGGAGCAGUGUGCUUUGGGGUGUGGUUUGGAGGCUGGAUCUGCUAGGGCAGGCAUUCUGGGGGAGUAUUUGUGGUCCAUGGUGGAUAUUUGAGGGUCAUGAACUGGUUUUGGGAACUAUUUUGGGGUCUAAGGAUCAUGGGGCAAAGGCUGCCCCACAGAGUGGCCUUCCCCCUCCAUGUCUGAGCAGUGGAGGUGAAGCAGGUUUUGGAGUUCAAUGUGAUGCUGGAGUGGGAGUCCCCUCAGGAUAACAGCAACUCCAAGGGCACCCACUGCACUGUGCAGAAGGUGAUGGGGAAACCCCCACCCACUGCCCCCCAGCUGCCUCCCCUCAGAACCCCCAAAUGAUGCUUGGGUCCUCUUCUGGCUGUGCGGGGACAGCCUGGAUGCCAGUGUUCCACUUCUGGCCUUGGGGGAACCCCAGACACGUGGGUCUCCUCCUGGCUGCUGGGGGCUACCCAGACAUCUGUAUCCCAUCCUGGUCCGGGGGGCCAUCUGGGCAUCUGGGUCCUAUCCAGAGGCCAUCUCAGGGAAAGCACACCAAAAUCUCUUUGAGGAGAUGCCCAAAUGCAUGUCCCCUCCUGGUUGUGGUGGGCACCCCAAACACCUGGGAGUUUUGUGUUUUGGGGUGCCACCUGUGGUCUGUCUCGGAGAGCCCAAAGAGGGAGUGAGUGUGGACAAAACCACCUCUCUUUGCUGCCCCCACAUCCAGCCUCCUGGGUCUUUCCAGGAUUUUGAGACUGACCAGGUCCCUAACUCAGGCCAUGUGUCCGUGUGUGUGUGUGUGUCCAGGCCUUCCACUGCAGCACUUGGCCCUUGCUCGGCCCCACGGCUGGAAGCACCGUGGCAGCUGAAUCUCUGCCCUCAGCUGCGCUGUACCGCGGCAGCCCAAGCGGGGACGACACCUGAGGGCACGGAGGGCCUUGGGGUACCCCCAGAGCUGUCCUCCCAGCCCGAGGCAGAACGCAGGUGGAGAUCAAGGAGAACAAGGGAAUUUUUGGGGUUCCUAACCACAUGUUCCCCCAAUCCAAGUGGCUGAGGGAAAAGGGGGCCAUCAGGGAGGACCCCUUCAGCCAGGCGUCCCUGGCCCGGCACAGCUGCAAACAUGGGACUCGAUGAGAGUAAGAAGUCCCUCCCAAGCCGGCCUCUCCAUGACUCCGGCACCGCCAGGGCCAGGCGUUACCCGGCAACAAGCGACACCACAAACACAGGCACGUGCCGCGGGGCUCGGGAAGGCAGAGGAAGAGCAGGAAGGAGGCUGCCGGCUGCCCACAUUCCCAGCUGCGGCUUCCUUCCGAGCGCGGAGGACGGACAGGUGCCGAGUUUCCGGGCAGGGCAGCAGCCAUGGUCUCAGUCAGCCUGUUACAGCUGCUGGAUGACGCCAUCGGGAAGCCCGAAGUCAAUAUCAACUUGGAGGCGCUCCGCAGACUGCUGGAGGUCAUUGUGGAACACCUGAGCCUGCUGGGUCUGCAGGACGCGGUUCCCGAGGCGGGGGCCCAGGAGGCCGCGCCCGGCCCGCAGGAGGAGGAGGGGGCGCGGGGCGCGGGGCAGCGCUCCGGGCCGCCGGGGGAGCCGCCGCCCGGCCAGGAUGAGCUGCAGGAGACCAGGAGCCGCUCUCCUGUCACCUCGGUGGCUGCCGACGAGGGACAGAUGGAGAAGAUUGAAGCCAAAGAGAGUGGCAUCUCCAAGGCCACUGCUCUCUCCCAGGAGUCCCACCGGGAGAUGGCUGGGAUUAAGACCAUACAGCUCAGCAUGGGAAAGGAAAUCCAGAGGAUUAAGGAGUCACUUGGCCAGACCACGGAUCUCUGCAAGGAUCUCUGUAAGGAGAUCAAUGAGAUGAAAGCCACACAGUCCCGCAUGGGAAAAGGCAUCCGGAUGAUCCAGGAAGCACUUGGCCAGAGGAGCCUCCAGGAUGCUGCUGGCCAGCCACUGGUCCUCCACGACCAGCCUGCCCCUGCCAAGCCCCACACCUCGGACAUGGACAAGCUAGGGCAGAGCCCUGGUACCCAGAGCACCACCCCUGGGAUGCAGACAGGGACCCCCAGUGCCCAAAGUGGCACCACUGGGACACAGCCUGGUUUCCAAGCAGGCCUUCCAGCUAUGGAGAGCAUCCUCAGAGACCUGUCUGAGCUCCAGGGCCAGAUGUCCUCCCUGCAGAACCUGGUCCAAGACCUGCAGGGUGAGAAGGAGAAGAUCAGACAGCUGCAGGAUACCCUUGGAAAGCUGGGUGUGACGGUAGCCGAGCGCAAAGUGGAUGGCACCAACGAGAUCCCCCUGCAGCUGGAGCCUGCGCUGCUGGAGAUUAAGCAGGAGCAGAAGGAGCUGAGAGAGGAGCAGAAUAUUACCAAGGCCACACUGAAGCAGCUGGUCACAGCUGACCAGCUUCAGGAGCAGCUGAAUGAGUUGAGGGCAGUGAUGGGAACUGCAAGGCAGCAGCAGGGAGAGUCACGCUUGGACAACAAGCUUGUGAGGAAGCUCCUACACCGCUGUGAAAGGCUCCAGCAUCAGGUGGACUCCCUGGUGCCACAGCAGCUGCAGAGGUCACUGCCAGAGAAGACCCAGGAUGAGGAGCUGCUAAAGAGCAUCCAGGCCACCGUUGUGCGGGUGGAAGGGGACUGCGAGCAGCUGGGCUAUGUCACGGGGAGCCUCCGGGAUGACCAUCGCCAGCAUCAGAAAGAUAUCGAGGCUCUGUUCCGGUCCCUGGAGGGUCUCGAGAAGAAAGCAGACAAGGAGGACCUGCUGCUGCUGAAAGUGGACAAAGCUGCCCUGGGCAGCAAAGUCAGUUGUGCCCAUUUUGAUGAAAGCAUGGAGCGUGUGGAGGAGAGGAUGCGGGAGUUGCUGAGACGGGUGAUGGGUCAGGAGCAGCGCUGGCAGGAGGCCCAGCAGCAGUUCAGUGAUGCCCUGGACUCCAAGCUGGAUCGCCUGGAGCUUGGGCCUUUCCAGAAGCAGCUAGAGGAUACGUGGGCAAAGAUCAUUAAGGAUCUCAAGGAUGAGUUGACAGUAGAGAUUGAUGACGCUGCUGGAAUUAAGCAGCAGCUGCUGGUCCCAUUCAAGUGCCUGUCCUGCGACCGGCAGCUCAACGUGCAGGUGCCUGGCGCGCACAUUGACGCACUGCCGCUCUUUCCACCGCUGCCCGGCAGCCACGCUGCACACCCCCCUACCAUCACCACCGAGGAGCAAGCACAACAGCAUGGUCACAGGAAGCUGGUCAAUAGCAAGUUCCUCAAGUCACAGAGCUGCAAGGGUCGGGACACAUCUAAUGCACUGCUCAAGGGUGAACUACACCUCUCCAAAAAGCCUGGCGUGACUGAGCUGCUGGGCACAGAUGACUGCGUGGAUCAAGGUCAGGAGCACGGGCCUGAAGUGGCAAAGAGGGCACAGGAUAAGCUGGGUAUGGCCUGUCAGGACACCAGUGCUAGGGGGAGAGAGCACCAGCUCUUUGCUGGUGAUGGGUGAGCAGAGCUCUGUCUGCACACCUGGGCAGGUGCAGGGAGGGUCUGGGGUCUGGGGCAGGCUGAGGAGGGGUGGAAGCAGGAUGGAGGGGGGUGACUGGCAGAUGGGACAACUGGUCCUCGGGUGUGUUCAAGACAGAGUGCAGCAUGGGGAUGGCCCUGGCCAGUGUGGGAAAACAGCCCAUGUGUUGGAAGGCAGGGGCCAAUACCCUGUCCCUGAGGGUCUUUGGCCAUGCAGAUGCCCUUGGGCUUCAGGGAGCUUAGCUCUGUCCUUCAUGCCCAGGCCCCACCACCUUAGUAGAGCACCAGCCAGCUUCAGACCUCAAACACUGAUCCCGGGCACUGCAGCAUUUGCUGCAAAUCCAGUCCCCCUGGAUGGAACCAGCAGCCAGGCAGCUAGCUUUGACUGGAUGUUUGGAGUCCUGCAUGAAGAAAAGACCGGGACAGCUGCCCAAAGGGAUUUCUUUUCAAGUUAAUAAAAAAAUUUUAACCUGCUGUGUUUGAGGUAUUCUAAGCAAGACUGAUUUCAAAACUAUCCCCUCGCUUCAGAGCUGCCGCCCUAAAGCUGGACAGGUGCCACAGGGAAGGGCGAAGUUUUGGUGGGGACAGGAGCAGCAGAGCUUGGGGUGAGGCCCUAGACUGGGUCAUGUGGGUAUAUGGGAGGUGUCCCUGAGCCAGGCAGAGGGGCUGGGGUUGCCCCAACCCAUGGGCUGUGGAGGUGCAAAAGGUGUAGUCCCUGGGUUGUCCCCCCACCCAUGCUGCUGGUGCCCCUGAACUGAGCUUUGGCGAGGCUGCAGCAGCACCACACAUCUAGGGGGAGCUUGAGAUGAGCCCGAGCAGCACUGCUCCCUCUCCCGCAUCAGGCUCAGGGCAGGGUUUAAUAUCAUCAUCACCAUCAUCCAUGAUUUACACUCUGGGUGAGGAGUGAGCUGGAGCACCUCCUCGGGGCCUGGAAACCAGAGUGCGCCUUCCUGACUCUCCUCCCAGGACACUGCAUUCACAGCAUUAUCCUAUUAUCACAAUGGGCUUGGACCUGCUUUGAGCUAUCAGUGUCCUCCUGCUUCUUGGCACCAUUAUUUUAUGGCCAGUCACCUGCUGGUCAAACAAAAGUGCCAGUAUAAAGAAGGUUCAUUCUUCCCCUGGGCUGACUGUUGAGUACAGACAUGAGAGUGGUGAACUGUGGCCCCAGAGUGUGCAGCAAAAGUGUGCAGGGGGAGCAGAGGGUCAUGGAGCUGGCUACGGGCCCACCUCAACA